UGGUACUUUCUCUUGCAUCCUGAAAGACCACAGCCAAGACUUUCCAGAAGCACUGCAAGCCAAAUGCGUCUCUGAUGUAUUCAGGAAACUGAGGUUUUCGCAUUUAAUGAAGCGUUUCUUUGAAGUCACGCUAAAAUGAUGAGCGUGACUGUGCUGCACAUCUGCCCGUCUGCACAGGGCAGCCCAUUUCAACUUCCUUUUCCGAGACACUGCCAGGAGCAGGCCAAGAGAGCUACGUCUUUACCAAAACUUCAUCAAGUGAAGAUGGACAAAAGGUGGCUCUUCUCCCUCUUUUGUUUGCUGUCGGUGCCCAGCGUUGCAGGUCACCCUGGAGACAUCAUUACACAAACAGAAGUGGUCCGUGUUUUGCCAGGUGCUGACGUGACCCUGGCGUGCAGCUUCCCAAAACCACACACCACCUACAUAAUACAGACACAGUGGUCCAAGACUGAUGACAACCAGCUUACCAGAAUAGCUGUUCAUCACCCCGUUUAUGGCACCCACUACUUCACCUUUCCUGAGGCUUCUUACAACUUUUCAGUGUCCUUCAGCACAAGGAAGUGCUGCGACUGGGAUGUUACAGAGUUUUUGUGUUCCCCGGAUCCAAAUGCCACGUCUGAAUGCAGUCUGUGGGCUCUGCAUCUGAAAAACAUUACCAUUUCCCUUAGCGGGUGGUACGAGUGCAGUUUUGCUACAUACCCGUAUGGGACAAAGGCUGCAAAAAUUCAUCUUGUUGUCAAGGCAGAAGAGGAGCAGCACUAUGUGAAGCAAGUGCAGUUAAACCAGACUUUAGUAAUUCCAUGCUUUGAGGACACCACCUCAGAAAAUUUGUCUGAUUAUCCUUUGAAAUGGCUAGUGGGGGAAAAUGGCAGGAAAGAGGAACUUGUGACCAAGGAGCCCUCCUGUCCCGCAGUGUACAGGAACGGCAGCGCACUGUACGGCCAAAGAGUCCGCCUGGGUUCAAAUAAUGCUCUGAAGAUUUUCCCCACCAAAAUCAUGGAUGAUGGCAGGGUGUUUUCCUGCCACGUGGUGUACCACCCAGAGAGAGUCCAGAAGAGCAGCACCACCGUGAGAGUGUUCGCCUACCCUGAGAUCUCUGUUAGCCUGCAGGAGGACUCAGUGGGCACCUCGCAGAAGCCUAACGUGAGCUGCGUGGUGAGGAAGGCGUUCCCCAAGCCAAGGCUCCUGUGGUUCGUGGGCAGAGCGAGCCUGGCGGAGCAGCCUGGAGAAAUUUCUGUUCAACAAGAAGACUUGCAAGACAGUGAAGGUUUCUAUCAGCUGAGAUCAACACUGAUGUUGCAAGGGGCUCACCGGACACCCGAGACAUUCUCGUGUGCAUGUCUGUUUUCCUUCCCCGGGAAUGAAACGUGGAAUAUUUCAUCAGAAGAAAUAUUUGUUUCCUUUGACAGUGGGUCUAAUGAAGCCUCAUCCAAAGCUUUCACCACCAUGGUUUCAGAAGAGCACCAGUCGACAUCUUUGGCCUCUCUGGAUUUCACAAGUCAAACAAGCUUGGCUUCUGCUUCCACAACACAAGAAGGAGCACUGAUUUCUAUCACAGAGACAAAAAGCUAUACCAACAGCACAGCAUUCAGUGAGAGUUUGACAACAGCACAUUUGAAUGAUUCCAUCACCGAACCCCCACAAAGCCUCAGGAAUGCCACACACUCCUCUGAGAAUACAACCCUGGCACAUACUAACCUGUCCUUCAGCAUUACAGGCCAGCCAAUUUCAGUUACCAGAGGGAAGGAUUUGUUUACUACCAGCAGUCUGCUCAAUAGUACUGGCGGCACGAGGAACGCAAAAGCCAGUCGCUUCCCCUGGCCGACAGUGGUAGCCGUCCUGCUCCUCUUCUGCAGCUUUUUAAUAGCUUUAGGCAUCAGGAAAUGGUGUCAGUACCAGCAAGAGAUUAUGAACAGGCCUCCAUCUUUCAAGCCACCGCCACCUCCGAUAAAGUACACCUCCAUGCUGGAGUCUGAUGGGACUCCCCCAUCCUGCCAUGAGCUGGAAAACCUGUAACAUGGCCUACAUCCCUUGUGUAGUGAGCAGAAGACUGACAUGGUUAAAAGGCUCUGUCUUUAAGAUAGCGAUUACAGGAGUUUGGUGUUAAUGACCCAUAUUAAAAUUCAGAGUGCCUAAAUGACAUUAAUGUUGGAAGCUGAGCACUCCUGAGGACACUUACUUCAACCGUCUAUCUCUAUGUAUGCAUUACGUUAACACCAUUGUGAGUGUCACCAUGAGAUUACAUGUGCUUAAUUUGAAUUGGGUGAUCAACUGGGAAUUUGCUGUCUUGUUAAUGGGAGCAGAUUAACACAUCACUCCGCCAGCCUGCCUGAAGAGUGUUGAAGCCUUUUGUACAGAGAUGACAGCUCUGCCGUAUGGACACCAUGAUUACACGGAAAAUGUUGGCUUAGCACAAGCUUUUUGAUACCUUCAUGAGCCGUUCUUACAAUUAUUAUUUGUUACUAUACAAAUAUAGACUAAUAUUGACCCAAUGUAUAAUUUCCUCUCGCUGUGAAACCAAACAAAAAAUAAUCAGCACCUUACACAGAAAAAAAAAUAGUCCACAUAUGUUGUCACGGGGUUGCAACACAGGAUCGUGGCGGGGGGCCGGUGAGAUGAGAGGUCACGGUGCCGGCCUGGUGGAAGUGUUUGUGAAGAAGACCCAGUUGCCACUGGUGAAGCCACAAGAAAGACUGAACUUUGGGCUCAUGUACAAGUCACCUGUGGACCAGAGGCUUAAGGCCUGAAGUGAAUAAGGACCCUAAAGAUAAUGGAAAAUGCCAGUCCUUUUGGAAAUGUUGUGCUUUUGAAACAGUAACUACUCCUGAGUCUGCUUUUCUGAAAUGAUAUUUAUGGUACGUAUUAAAAAAAAAAAAAAAAAAGGGAUAUAAUUAUUUUAUUCUCCUUUGGUCUUAAUGAGCUUCUGUCAUUUGCUACCUUCACAUUUAUCAAGACCUCAGGGGUAGUUUCCCAGGUGGCUUAAGCCUGCGGAAGGGACGGUCCAGUGUUACCCCUGUCCUGCGCAGGCUGCGUGUUUCCUUGCAUCGACACUAACGAUUAAAUGCCGGUGCUGAGGGCGGGAUCAGCUCAGCCCGCAGCACAGCUCGCAGCCAGGUCAGCAGCUGCGUGGUCACUAACGCGAGGCACAGGCGCUGCAGCAGGAGCUGCGUUUGGCAGCAGUGUGGUCUUCCGUUACCUUCAGCCGGCCAAGAAACUGUCCCUCCAAGCUUGUUUGCAAAUGUGUUGUUACCACGAUGGUAUUUCUGUAAUGAAUGCAAAUCAACUAAAAUUCA